CGGCUCCAUUGGUCGAGAGGGAGAGGGGGAGGACUUUGGCGAGAGAGAGAGAGAGAGAGAGAGAGAGAGAGAGAGAGAGAGAGAGAGAGAGAGAGAGAGAGAGAGAGAUGGACAUGUGUGUUUUUUGCCGCGGUAUCAUCUCUGGCAAGGGCGUCAUGGUGUACGAGAUGCGCCACCAGGGGGACAGGUACCACACCAGGGACUUCGAUUUCGCGGAUGGCAUGACACGUAAGUCCAUCCGUUUCUACGAAGUUGAUGUGGACGGGGCACCCGCUAUGAAGAUGGAUGUGGGCUUGGGGUUCUUCGGGAAUAAUCUCGGCCAUGUGCUGAUCUAUGUGACGAAGGUCGGGGAUAUGAUCCCCGAUCAAUGGGGCGGCCAUCCUGUUGAUGUGCACGGGGAGAUCGUGCUUCUUUAUGUCUCCACCCUUGCUGACAUGUACGCAGACCGCCUAGAUCCGAUCCCGUUUUGGAGGUGCAUUCUUGAUCCGCCGUUGGUUGGUAGGCUAUAUUUGCAUGGGGAGGAUGCUCGUAUGCGGCCACAUGCCAUUGAUGACGACGGGUAUGAUGAUGGGGAUUGUCAUCGUCACGGUGAUUAUGACAACGAUAAUGAUGAUGACGAUGACGGUGACGACGACGAUGAUGAUAAUGAUGAUGAUGAUGAUGAUGAUGAUGAUGAUGAUGAUGAUGAUGAUGAUGAUGACUAUGAUGAUGAUGAUGAUGAUGAUGAUGUUGAUGACGAUGAUGACGAUGAUGACGUUGACGAUGACGAUGAAUCAACCCUUCCACGGGAGGAAGUGACGACUGUUCAUCCAAAAUUUUUUUAAAGCUUUGCUACGGAAUACCGGAUGCCUUUUUUGUGACAUCGUCGAACUUUGUUCUCCAUCCGUGUUGGAAGAGAGUCAAACAUUCGUAUGGAGUCAUUUUUUGCUCGUUUGGGAUUUACGCACUUUGCUCGGCGCGAGAUUUUUAUUUAUUUAUUUAUUCACAGUAGUGUCACAUCAAUUCUUUUUUUUUGUUUUUUUUUUUGUCUUUGUUGUUCGGGUGCGAUGUUCUCGACGAUGGAAUGGUACUUGGGGCGUCGUGUAUGGAUGUGCAGUGUGUUCCGAUGUACUUCACCGCACCGGAAUUCGUCAACCGAACUGUUCAAGCAAACGAAAUGAAUAUGUCACUCGCAC